AUGCCAGCCGCAGUGACUCACCAAGCCAACAAAACUCUCCCAGACGGUCAUUUCCUCUUUACUUCUGAAUCCGUCGGUGAAGGUCACCCAGACAAGAUUUGCGAUCAAGUUUCAGACGCUAUUCUUGACGCUUGCCUGAGAGAAGACCCUUUCUCAAAGGUUGCAUGCGAAACUGCUGCCAAGACUGGUAUGAUUAUGGUCUUUGGUGAAAUCACAACCAAGGCACACGUUGACUACCAAUCUGUUAUUCGCCAAACCAUCAAGGAAAUCGGCUACGAUGAUUCUGAAAAGGGCUUUGAUUACAAGACAUGUAACGUCCUUGUAGCUAUCGAGCAACAGUCCCCAGAUAUCGCCCAAGGUCUUGACCACGGUGCGCUCGAGAACCUCGGUGCAGGUGAUCAGGGUAUUAUGUUCGGUUAUGCUACCGACGAGACACCUGAGUGUAUGCCAUUGACCAUCUCACUCGCCCACAAACUCAACCAGGCGUUGGCUGUAGCACGUCGCACCGGUCAGCUUCCAUGGGUUCGUCCAGACACCAAGACACAAGUCACGGUCGAGUACAAGAAGGAAGGCGGUGCAGUGAUCCCAAAGCGCGUAGACACAGUCGUCGCCUCGCUUCAACACAGCGACGAUAUCUCCACCGAGCAAUUGCGCACAGAAGUUCUCGAGAAGAUUAUCAAACAGGUUAUUCCCGCUGACCUCCUCGACGAGCACACCAUCUACCACAUUCAACCAUCCGGUCGCUUCGUCAUUGGUGGUCCACAAGGUGACGCUGGUCUUACCGGCCGCAAGAUCAUUGUAGACACUUACGGUGGCUGGGGUGCACACGGUGGUGGUGCAUUCUCUGGUAAGGAUUUCUCCAAGGUAGACAGAUCUGCCGCGUACACGGGUAGAUGGAUAGCCAAAUCACUCGUCAAGGCUGGCCUCGUGCAGCGCUGUCUUGUGCAGUUGUCCUAUGCUAUCGGUGUGGCUGAGCCCCUCUCCGUCUUUGUCGACUCGUACAGCACCGCCAAGCAAGGUCACAGCGAUGCACAGCUCGUCGAAAUUGUUAGAAAUAACUUCAACCUCAAGCCAGGUGUUAUCGUUAAAGCUCUCAACCUCCAACGCCCUAUCUACAACGAGACGGCUAAAUAUGGUCACUUCGGUCACCAAGGCGACUCAUGGGAACAGCCUGCCGAGAUCAAGUACUAG